GCGCGCGGAGCGGCUGCCCGCGAGUAACCCCGCCGCCGCGAGCGCCCCGCGCGACCUUUCUCCUGCAUCGGCGGUGACGCGGUGGCCGCCCCCCUCGCCGCGAGCGCGGCAAAGAUGGCGGCGCUGAGCAAGUCCAUCCCCCACAACUGCUACGAGAUCGGGCACACCUGGCACCCGCGCUGCUCCGCCGCCUUCCUGCACAUCACCCAGGGCGCCCUGGCUGAGUCUCUGCGCAUCUACAGCACCCUCUACCUGAUUGCAGCUAUUCUCAGGAAACGAAAACUUCACUAUUAUUUGCACAAACUGCUACCUGAGAUCUUGCAAUCAACUUCCUUUCUGACAGCAAAUGGGAGCUUGUAUAUUGUUUGCUUUUGCAUUCUAAGGAAGCUACUUGGAAAAUUCUACUUUUGGUCUCCUGGCUUUGGUGCUGCAUUACCUGCUUCUUAUAUGGCUAUUCUCAUCGAAAGGAAAAGCAGGAGAGGACUCCUCACAAUUUACAUGGCAAAUCAAGCGGCAGAAACGUUGUUCCGAAUGGCAGUAGCAAGAGGAGCUAUUACACCUUUAAGACACGGAGAAGUCCUUUUGUUCUGCAUCACAGCUGCUCUGUUCAUGUUCUUUUUCAGGUGCAAAGAUGGCUUGAAAGGAUUUACAUACUCUGCACUAAAGUUCAUUGUCGGGAAAGAAGAAAUCCCCACUCAUUCGUUUUCACCUGAAGCAGCUUUUUCAAAAGUAGAUAGAAAGAUAAAGCAUCGUGAAAAAAUAUCACAGCCAAUGAACAUACUGGCUCUAACAAAAAAGCUCAUGGACAAAGUGUGCAAACAUGGCCCAAGGCAUCGAUGCUGUAAACACUAUGAAGAUAAUUGCAUCUCAUAUUGUAUUAAAGGCUUCGUUAGGAUGUUUAGCAUCGGUUACCUGAUCCAAUGUUGCCUUCGGAUUCCAUCCACCUUCCGGCAUCUCUCUACAGAACCAUCCCGGCUACUUUCCCUCUUCUACAACAAGGAAAAUUUCCAGCUUGGAGCUUUUCUGGGAUCUUUUGUCAGUAUAUACAAAGGUACCAGCUGCUUCCUGCGUUGGGUGCGAAACCUUGACGAUGAGCUUCACGCACUCGUAGCUGGGUGUCUAGCAGGAAUUUCUAUGAUGUUUUACAAAAGUACUACUAUCUCUAUGUAUCUGGUGUCCAAAUUAGUAGAGACUAUAUACUUCAAAGGCAUUGAAGCAGGGAAGGUUCCCUAUUUUCCUCACGCAGACAGCAUCAUCUAUGCCAUCUCUACAUCGAUAUGCUUUCAGGCAGCUGUCAUGGAAGUUCAGAGCUUGAGACCUUCAUACUGGAAAUUUCUUUUACGACUAACAAAGGGCAGGUUUGCUCUCAUGAACAGGAAAGCUUUAGAUGUAUUUGGUACUGAAGCAUCUAAAAACUUCAAGGAUUUCACACCCAAGCUGGACCCAAGAUACACUGUUGUGCCACCAGAACUACCGCUGGAGCUGUCUUGAAACCAACAAUAUAUCUUGUCAUUGAAUGUGAUCAGCAUUUUGUCCUGAAAAAUUAACUUAACAGUCGUAUAUAUGGAGGAGGGCUUGGCUUCACUUCAGUAUUACUUCAAUGAGAAAUGCUUUUUACCAAUCUCGGAUACUGAAGCUUUGCAGGAAGAUGUGGCUUAGUGAUUAAGCCCCUUCUGUAUGCAGAAAAUAUCUCUGGAUUACUGUAGUUGGUUGACAGUAUGGUAGAUUCCUGAAUUAAUUAAACAAGUGAGUAAUAUAUUUAGAGAAGAGGAGUGAAACAUAAAUAUGCACAAUAAUUUCAAAAAUUCUGUAGUUCAUACCAAUAGAAUAUUUCUUGGUAAAACUAAAAGUAAUUAACUUAAAAAGGAAGACAAAUGGCAUAGUUAAGGUCCAAAAUUUUUACCUGUCCUUAAAACUAUUGCACUCGGGUGAAAGUGCCUCCCUGGCUUUCUAAACUGCAUCACCGACUUAUCUCAAAAGAGCCACCGCCCACUCGUUAUUUAAAAUGACGCUGUUUUUACGCAGCUGCGGUUGCAAAACAAGGCAUUGCUUAGGAAAAGCAAAUGCGUAUUAAUUCAGAAAUCGCAUUCCAGGGCUGUAAAUCCCACAGACGAGGCAAACAAGGCAGCGCGGUGCCGGCGAGGAGCGGCGGGCAGCGCCUGCCAAGUGGGAAAACGACAGAGCCGGCGGAGGAAGGAAUGAGACGUUCCAGCCUCGGACACGGCGCUGGAAACGCUUACAAGAAUAAAAAAAGCCCAGAACAAAACAAAACCAAACGAAAAUCUCCCCAGAAUACACCGAGAUGAAAUGUUUAUUUUUAAAGGGCUUGACGCUGUCGCUUUAGAUGGCAUCGGGUGGUUUGUCAAGCCGGCCGGGGUUUCAGGUGUUUCUUUAAGAGAGAACUGACCCCUGAGGUCAGACCGCUACAGCUUUUUAACGAUCUUAUUAAUAGUGUUUUUCCCUUGGUGAGCAGUGGAUUUCUGUCAGUCCAUCAGGCAGCCGUGGCUGGGACAGUUACAUUAAAUUUAAUAUGGAACUCAAUGCAAAUAACUACCCAUCUCAUUUUUACUCUGUGUAUUUCUACAGAUAGUACUUUGUGUCCUAAAGCGAAAACUUGGCAUGUUAAUUGCUCUUUUUUUUUGCUUUUUGGGGCUUUUUUUUAAUUAGAAUCCGUUCAGGUGAUGCUGAGUGGUGUUCGUUACUCUGGAAUUUAAUGAAAAGAUGAACUAUAUUCACAUUCAACUGAAAAGAGACAAGGAGCAAGCCAGGGAAUGGAGAUUGCAGUGAGUUGCAUGUAUUUUAGAUAGAAAAAAAAGAAGCAAUCCAUGUUCUGUGGGAAGUCUUUGUCAAACGACAUGAAUUGGAUUAAUGAAUAGAAUCUUUGUCUUGUAACACUGUAAUCCUACCCCAGCCUUAAGUAUAUUUUAAAUCUCAUUACUUUAGUUUCUUACUACCGAAUACGCAGGAAUUAUUAUCACAUUUACAGAAAUGUCGUGAAAAUUGUACCAGUCUGUGCACAAAAUCUUCUUCUGCAUCAGCUGCUCUACCAGUGAUGCUUUGUCACUGGUACUGAAGGUGUUUCACCCUUUAAAACAGUAGUUGGCCCAGUUUGUGUGAACAAAGUCCUGCAAGCGAGUUCGUAUGCAAUAUUUCAUUGCUUGAAAUAUCGUAUUAAAAUUCCUCAAAAGGAAAUAAAAUAUGAAUCAACAGGAACUUUAAAAGGAUUGUUAAAGGUUUGUAGUGUUUUUCCACUGGAAUAUGGUCUAAAAUAUUUGACCUUGUAAAGUCUGAGAAGUUAUAUAUUUUAGAUAAUAUGGUAGAACUCACACUAUAUUAUAUAGUUACACUAGAAAGUAUUCAUACCAUUCUCAAACUUCAAGAUAUUUUAUAGAUGGAUACAUUUUCUUCACUGCAAUGACAAUUGUGAUUGUUUUGCUAUUUGAGUUAAAAAAUCCAAGAACUACAUCUCAGCAGCUAAACAACAAUUUUGUCUGUUUUCUUGCUUCCUCAAUGCACAGUCCUUGUUUCGAGUUAUUUUAAUGUAAUAUUAAAAGAAAUUAAAAAUUUUUAAAUUAUUUUUAUUCAAAUCAAGUAUAUGUAAGAGAGAAAAAAAAAUAAAGUCCUAAUGUUUUUCUCAGUAAUAAACAGUUGCUGCUUGAAAAA